AUGAAACGUUUGCUUGCCUCCCUUUCAAAAUCGGAUGAAUCUGAUGAAUCUGUUACUUCUAAAAAAAAUCGUAAAUCUUCUACAACAAUAAGUGUCAAUGAUCGCGAUAUUCAAAACAAUAUUUUUGAUAUUAGUCAAAACGUUGUAAACGGGCCCAAUCAACCCAACAUUACGUUCCCAAGACGAAACAUCGGUGGAAAACAGAGAGCAUUUAAUGUUUUGUGGUAUUCAAAAUACGAAUGGUUAGAAUACUCGAAAAUGAGAGAUUCGAUAUUUUGUUUUUACUUUCGCCAUUUCACUAGUGAUAAUUCCGGCUACAGAGAUGAAGUUUUAAUUGUUAAUGGUUAUUCUGAUUGGAAGCAUAUUGGAAACAUGUUAGAAAAACACAAGUCUUCAAAUAUUCAUAAACUGUCUCUUGAAAAAUAUAAAUCGUGGAUAUCUGCUAAAAAAACUGGUUCUGUAGCAACAAAAUUAAAUACACAACUAAAAGAAGACAUUGUAAAUAAUCGGGAAAUUUUGGUAAAAUUGCUUGGACUUGAAAAUGACGAUUUUAAAACAAAAUUAAAUACAUUACCAAAAAAUGCUAAAUACACUUCAAAAACAAUUCAAAAUGAAAUUCUUAAUGUGUCAUGUAAAAUUAUUUUAAAAAGUAUUGUGAAAGAAAUUCAAAAUGGAAGUAAUUUUUACAGUAUUAUUGUCGAUGAAGCUAAAGACGAAUCAAAUGUUGAACAAAUGAGUAUUUGUGUACGCUACAUAAGUGACAAUCGUAUUAACGAAAGAUUUCUUGGAUUUCUUGAGCUUAAAGAAUUGCAUGCAAAAGCACUUGCCGAUAGUAUUCAACUUUUUUUGUGUUCUAUUAAUUUGGAUAUAAAAAAUUGUAUUGGCCAAUCAUACGACGGAGCUUCUGUUAUGUCGGGGACUAUCAAUGGUGUUCAGCAAUAUAUCCAAAAAAUGUCUGAAAACCCAUGCCCAUAUGUGCAUUGCUAUGCACACAGGCUCAAUCUUGUUUUAGUAGAUGCAUCAAAACAUGUUUCAGCUAUUCAUAAUACAAUUGGUAUAUUAGAAGCAAUUUUAUUCAUUUCAGUCGUGUUCUUCACUAAGGAACAGUUUAUUUUUGGAAUCACAAGAAGACAAAAAAUUAAAAAAUUAAAAAUACCACAGCAAUGCGAAACAAGAUGGAAAACCAAAAUGAUUUAUGGGGAGAAGAUUCGGAAGCCAUUGUCGCUAUAUGUCUCGAAAGCAUUGGACAAAUUUAUGUGGGGUGAAGAUUAUAGUGAUGAUGAAAGGGUAUUGAAUGAAACAUGUAGUAAAAUUGAAUCUUGUACAUAA